UGGAGAAGGGGAGGGUGCGGCUGCAGAGAAUUGAGACCUAGACUCUGGAUUUCUGUAUCUUAGCACAGACUCCUUGGGGUUGGGGGAGGGAUUUGGGAUUGGGGCCAUAGAGAAGGUGAGGAUCAGCUCCUAGGAAGAACAAGGCAUAGGACUAUCAGUGGUCUCUUCACUUGACCCAGGCCUUCUCUUCAGGCUCAGCUUUGCUAGGCGAAUUUGAGACAUGUCUGACACAAGUGAGAGUGGUGCGGGUCCAACUCGCUUUCAGGUCAAAGCUUCAGAAAAGGGAGGCAAUUCAAUGCAGAACCUGUUGACAGUGACCCAGAAGUUGGAGGUCUCCGAGAUGCCAAAGGCCACAAAGGCACCAAAGGUCUCAGAGGCUGCAAAGGUUUCAAAAGCCUCAGGAAUCUCAAAAGCUACAGAAGUCUCAAAGUCCCCAGAGGCACCCGAGGCUGCUGCCACCCAGACCUCAACUACCACACAGCAGACUGAUACCCAGGUCCUGGCAGCUGAAAACAAGAGCCCAGCAGCUGACCCGAAGGUGCAAAAGGCUGACCUGCAGGCUAUGGCGAUGCCUGCCACUCAGACCAAAAAGGUCGACUGUGUGGCUGAUCUGAAGGUCAAUACAAAGGUCCCGGAGACUGAAGGUGCUGCCUCUCAGGCUGGAGCAGAUGAACCUGAGUCUGAGGGUGCAGCUGUCCAGGUUCAGAUCAAUCAGGAUACUCGGCCCAAGGUCAAAGCCAAGAAUGCCCAAAAGGUGAAACACCUGGAAGGGGAAGAGGAUGCCAGUAGCGAUCAGAGUCAGGCUUCUGGAACUACAGGUGGUCGAAGGGUCUCAAAGGCCCUAAUGGCCUCUAUGGCCCGCAGAGCUUCAAGGGGACCCAUAGCCUUUUGGGCCCGCAGGGCAUCAAGGACUCGGUUGGCUGCUUGGGCCCGGAGAGCUCUGCUCUCCCUGAGGUCACCUAGAGCUCGGAGGGGUAAGGCCCGUCGUAGAGCUGCCAAGCUCCAGUCAUCCCAAGAACCUGAAGUACCUCCACCUCGAGAUGUGGCCCUUUUACAAGGAAGGGCAAAUGAUUUGGUGAAGUACCUGUUGGCUAAAGACCAGACAAAGAUUCCCAUCAGGCGCUCAGACAUGCUGAAGGACAUCAUCAAAGAAUAUACUGAUGUGUAUCCGGAAAUCAUUGAACGAGCAGGCUAUUCCUUGGAGAAGGUAUUUGGAAUUCAGCUGAAAGAAAUUGAUAAGAGUGACCACUUGUAUAUUCUCCUCAGCACCUUAGAGCCUACUGAUGCAGGCAUACUGGGAACAACCAAGGACUCACCUAAGUUGGGUCUCCUAAUGGUGCUUCUUAGCAUCAUCUUCAUGAAUGGAAAUCGGUCCAGUGAGGCUGUCAUCUGGGAGGUGCUGCGCAAGUUGGGACUGCGCCCUGGGAUACAUCAUUCACUUUUUGGGGAUGUGAAGAAGCUCAUUACUGAUGAAUUUGUGAAGCAGAAGUACUUGGAUUAUGCCAGAGUACCCAAUAGCAAUCCUCCCGAGUAUGAGUUCUUCUGGGGACUGCGCUCUUACUAUGAGACCAGCAAGAUGAAAGUCCUCAAGUUUGCUUGUAAGGUGCAAAAGAAGGAUCCCAAAGAAUGGGCAGCUCAGUACCGAGAGGCAAUGGAAGCAGAUUUGAAGGCUGCAGCUGAGGCUGCUGCUGAGGCAAAGGCAAGGGCCGAGAUUAGAGCUCAAAUGGGCAUUGGGCUUGGCUCUGAGAAUGCUGCCGGUCCCUGCAACUGGGAUGAAGCUGAUAUCGGACCUUGGGCCAAAGCCAGGAUCCAGGCAGGAGCUGAAGCUAAAGCCAAAGGCGAAGAGAGUGAUGGUGCCAGUGCCAGUGCUGGUGCCAGUGCCAGUACUAGUGCUGGUGCCAGUGCUAGUGGUGGCUUCAGUACCCGUCCCAGCCUGACUGCCACUCUCACAUUUGGGCUCUUUGCUGGUCUUAGUGGAGCUGGUGCCAGAACCAGUGGCAGCUCCGGUGCCUGUGGUUUCUCCUACAAGUGAGAUUCAGGUCACAGAUCAUCACUGAGGAACUCAAGGCAUGAACCUGAAGCACAGACGAUGGAGGAAUGCUGCUUACUGGAUUGUUCUCCUGACCUGUGCUCAGCCCGCUUUCUUACAUAACACAGGAUUACCUGCCCAAGGGUGGUACUGCCCACAGUGGGCUAGGCCCUCUCACAUCAGUCAGUAAUCAAGAAAAUGCCCCACUGAUAUGGCCACAGGCCAAAAGAGGCAAUUCCCCAACUGAGAUUCCCUCUACCCAAGUGUGUCAGUUGACAACUGAAGCUAUUCAACAUAGCAACUCAUUCCCAGGUACUAUCUAUGUGAAAAUGUGGGCUAGGAGAUAAUGGAGGGUAUUGAAGAACUCAGGUACUGUGGUUCUGAUAAAAAUUGAGAUCAAAGUGUUUGAUAGCAUUAAGAGUGAAUCAUAAUCAUGAAGAACUCUGCCAUUCCCACUAUGUUCCCACUGCAGGGCAUUAGAGUUUGUAGAGUUUUCUCCUUCCAGGAAACCUAUAGUUUGGUUGGACAACGGAUUGGCUCUUUCCUAAGUGUCAGGCCUUGAGUGCAGGUAGGAUAGGCAGAAAGAACAAGUCAUCCUUGGCAAGUGGGGGAGUGUUUUGGCACAGAAGAGGGAGUGGCAGGCAAAAAUGGGGAAGGACCUUGUUUUGUCACCUUUAUCAGCCUGGAUGCCAUUACUGUAAUGGACUUUCACAAUUUCCAGUCAUUCCUUUAGUAUAUCAUUAAUUAAAUCCAAAUAAUUUUACAUUACA